GUGUUUUGUUCUUCUUUGCCUCCGCUUCGUGCGAUUCUCAUAAGUCAGAAACAAAGAAACUCUAGAUCUUCUUCGAUCAAUCUCCUCAUCUCUUAUUCUCUGUUUCUGUAACUACUACAGUUUACAAUCUUCUACAUCUAGUCAUCUCUCGUCGAUUACGAAAAAGUUUCAGAGACCCAACCCUCUACAACGAAACUCGUUAAGGUUAUGUCUUUUGUUUUUCACUUCUUUAAUCUUCUUCAUAGCUAGUUCUUUGUUUGAUUCUUUGAGAGUUUGCUCUAUAAGAUAUCUUUCUAACUCAAAAAUAUCAUAUUGGAAAUUGUAAUUUAAACCCUAAAAUUCUCAAAAUUGGAUUAUGUUCUAAUUUUUGUUUUGAAAUUAAGGUUUUCGGUUUUUGUAUUUUGUUUAUGGCCAGUGUGGUUUCGAUUUUGGAUAUGUUAGGUUAGGUUAGGUUAAGGUUUUGGUCCUAGAUUAUCGAUAUGUUCUUUAACGUUUUCAUGCUUGGUUUGGUUAUUUAAUUCUUUGGUCUUUUCUUUUUUGUACUAGUAGCUUAAACUCACAAACACUGCUUUAAGCUACUAGUACAUACCCUUGCAGCUUAUGUUUGGUUUUGUAAUGGUUUUUACUGUUUUUUUUGUGGUUGUGGUCUUUGUUUUACUUAGGAAUAUGUCUAAUUCGGGUUAAAUAAACCGAGAUAAACAAAAAUUCAAUUAUUUUCGGAAUUAAAAAAAAAUCAAGUAACCGACCCGAUUAAACCGAUAACCGAACAACCCGAACCGAAUUCAAUUUCUGUACAAUUCGGUGGGAUUUAUGAAGAACCGAAUUUCAGGUAACCCGAACAAACCGACCCGAACAACCCGCACACGCCGAACGCCCAGGACGACUUGUGACGUUGAUGAUCCUUAUGUGGGAAGCUAUAGAGAAUAUCGUCAAUAAAAAAGAACAGCCCAAAAAACAAACUAUAGGUUAUAUAGAAAUAAAUAAUAAAAUAUCAGAUACAAUUAGCUCCGAUGGAUGUAAUGGUUCACUCUUCAAGCUUUCUCCUUCCUUACAAUCCAGCUGAGGAAACGAGAUACGCUCUCGUUGUUCUUAACCAGAAUCUGCCACGAUUCACUCCUCUUCUCUGGGAACAUGCAACACUUCGUCUCUGUGCUGAUGGUGGCGCUAAUCGCAUCUACGACGAGUUACCUCUCUUCUUCCCUCAUGAAGACGCUUCCUCCAUCCGAUACAGGUAUAAGCCUGAUGUGAUCAAGGGAGAUAUGGAUUCUAUUCGCCGUGAUGUCCUCGACUUUUAUGUGAGCUUGGGUACCCAGGUCAUAGAUGAAUCUCAUGAUCAGGAUACCACAGAUCUUGAUAAGUGCAUUUUGUAUAUCCGUGACUCUGCUUCCAAUCUAGAGAGUUCUAGAUUCCAGAUUCUUGCCACUGGAGCACUCGGGGGAAGAUUUGAUCAUGAAGCUGGUAAUCUCAACGUCUUGUAUCGAUAUCCAGACACAAGGAUAGUCCUUUUAUCUGAUGACUGCCUCAUCCAACUCCUUCCAAAGAACCAUCUACAUGAAUUACACAUUCAGUCUUCACUUGAAGGUCCUCACUGUGGACUCAUCCCUAUUGGAACUCCUUCUGCCAAAACCACAACCUCAGGGCUUAAAUGGGAUCUCAGCAACACUGAGAUGAGAUUUGGUGGGUUGAUAAGCACAUCAAACUUGGUUAAAGAAGAGAAGAUCACAGUCGAAUCGGAUUCAGAUCUUCUCUGGACUAUAUCUAUCAAGAAAACAGGACUUCCGCUAGAAAACAAUACACCGUAGGCGCUGUUAAAAAAAUAAGACACUUAGACCAACAUCUAAGAUACCCCAAUAUUGUUGCUCUUAGUAUAGAGCUACUAUGAUAUAUUCCAGAUGAAUGGAAUAACUUCAACAUUGUUUUGUUGCACGAAGUAAUUACUUGGUUGUACCAGUACUGUCGUUUUUGGAACACGAGUUGCUUUUUUAUGAUAUUAUUUCUUUGGUUUUGUCAUAACAACAAAAUAAAAGUGAUUGGAUGUUGUUGGCUA